CUAUCGGUCCAUUCUCCAACUGGUGAAGCCCUGGUACGAUGAAGUGAAAGAUUACUCGUUUCCAUACCCCCGUGACUGCAACCCACGGUGCCCUCUCAGAUGCUAUGGGCCCAUGUGUACACACUACACACAGAUGGUGUGGGCAACAUCUAACAAAGUCGGAUGUGCUGUCCACACGUGCCACAAUAUGAACGUGUGGGGUUCGGUGUGGAAGAGGGCAACCUAUUUGGUCUGCAACUAUUCACCAAAGGGUAACUGGAUUGGAGAGGCUCCUUACAAAGUUGGCGUCCCGUGCUCCGCCUGCCCUCCCAGCUACGGGGGCUCGUGCAGCAACAACAUGUGCUUCCCAGCUCUCAAGACCAACUACCUGCACUGGUUCAAAUAAAUACAAGUUUCCUAACAACAUGAGCCGACAACCCAUAUUACCACAGAGACAUUAUUAUUUUUUUUUGAUUGAUUAAGGAUUUGCACAACAGUCGAGCAACAAUGCUUUUCUGUAUAUAUGGGCUUAUUUAAGGAAAUACGUACACAACUUAAGGCACCUGGCGAUUUUAGUGACUUGUAGAUAAUCUGUAAAUGAGUUCUGUUCUUUUUGUUGUUGUUAGUUUGCUACAUAUAUUAGAAAUGAUGAAAUAUAUAAAAAUAUUUAUAUGACAAAUGGGUCAUUUUAAGAGUGCACACUUUAUGUGGUCUUCAAACCCAUUGCAUUUACUGUUGACAAUGUGGUAAUUAAGGACAUUACAGCCAUCACAGCUCCUCAUUUCAGCUCACUUUGGUGCUGCAGGCUUCACACCUUCAUGUCGUGUGCCUGCCUACACAAAAAUGUUGAGAUCAAACAGGAUCGAAAGGAUCAAAGCGUUUGACCUUAGAGGGGAACCUCCACUGGCAGCGUUUUCAUACCGACUGUGACUUGCAAAGUUCACUCAUAAAGCAGAACUGGCUCACUCAAGGUGCAUGCAAGUACCCUCAAUUCAGGCUUUGGAGCAAAGUCCACUUUUUAUGUCGGCACGCUCGUUUUCUGGCGUCAGUGUCUUGUGACGAUGGUGCACGUCGUAUUAAAUAAAGCUGACAGGAAAGUAACCAGUUUUGCAGGGCGAUUUCAGCACAGACAACCCGUCUGCUUUAAAUGCUUUCCUGAAAAUUUUGGCUGUACAUUUUCAGUUUUAAUCUGCACUAAUUCACCUUUGUGUCAUACUGAUGGAAAUCCAUAUGGGCAUUUCACAGGUUUUAAUCAUAUAUUUUAUAUUUAUGUUGGACAGCAUAAGUCUGAUACAUAUCUGCUCUGUGACAACACCUACAUACAUAUAUCACCAUGUAAGUUUACUGUUUUUUUUACAUGCCCUCUUUUGUAUUAAUGCUGUUUAUAUUUUGAUAUGAUCACUCAUUUUGGGAUUCAGGCACUCAAGUGCACCUUAAUUGUAUGUACAUUUCUAAAAUAGCAAAAAAGUGUUAUUUGUUUUUGUAUGUGUACAUAAUCAGAUUUUGACUACGCUAAAACAGUAAAACAGUAAGUUAUUAAUUUUUGUAUUGAAAACAUGUUUAAGUUAUAUUAGUUUUGUACUGUUUUGUAAAAUGAUGGCAUAUAUUCAAUAUACUAAAGAGGUUAACUGAAAAAAAAUUACUUUCAGUUUUUAAAUAAUGAUGUUUAUGCAGUGAAGUCCUUUUUUUAAUAUGUUGGGCUUGUAAUAAAAUGUUCAUUCAUU